AUGAGAAGAGCCUACAAGGGUGUCGUUGAAAAGGCCGUGGAGGGAGAUAUGUGGAAGAAAUUUGCAAGCCCUACCGCAAGCAGAGGGAAAACAGCCUGGCCGAAGGGAAAAGAUAACCAGGAGUCUGUCGGUAUUCGCUACGACUAUGACGGCGAGGUCACACGUUCCGACGGGGUCUAUCACAAGUUUCAGAUUCAACCCAACGCUGGAAAGAUUCCCCCCACAUUCAAAACUUGGAGAGACAACAACGGCGGAACUCACAAAGUCAUGGCAACUGCAUUUGUCAAGAAGGAUGGUACCAAGGAUGACGUGAAAACGGGUCUGGAUGCGGCUAUCGAUGACAUUGUUGGUAGCUCUGAGCCUGAGAAGUGA